CUCAAGUUGAACGUCACCUUUAUGUGAAGCUUACUUACCUCUCAAAGCUCUCACCCAUAGAACAUUGUCUUUCUAAAUAUCAACGCCAACUCCCGCCCACCGGAACAUCCCACCACAGGAAGAAAAAUUGGAUAUGGCCUCGAAAGGAACCAAACCCGUCGGUGCUGAGCGCCACUGCCUCGUCACAGUCGGCGCCACAGCCCGUUUUACCCAGCUGCUGACUGAGGUCCUGGGCUCCGCGUUCCUCGACUUCCUCGCCAAGAACCGCUACACCCACCUCACUCUGCAGUGCGGCAAGGACUAUGAGCACUUCUCUCGUCACGUCCUGCCCCCACUCAAGGACCGGCACCCGAACCUGGAGAUUACCGCCUUCGACUUCGUCGACGACCUGACCGUCGAGAUGAUAAAAUGCCGGGCUCAGCCGGGCGUUCGCGAGGCCGGCGUGGUCAUCUGCCAUGCAGGCACAGGUACCAUUCUCGACGGGAUGCGCGUCAGCGUUCCUCUCGUCGUUGUCCCGAACCCGACCCUCAAGGACAACCACCAAGUCGAGCUGGCUGAGGAGAUCCAGCACCAGGGUUACGGGAUCUGGGGCCGCCUCGGCGACAUCUCGUGGGCCAUAGAGCAGCUGGCCCUACAGCUUGAUAAGACUGAGCGGCAGUUCCGGCCUCACUCUGUGGACAGCGAAGUGGCCGCCAUCAAUGUGGACUUGUGGCAGGUCAGCAGCGCCAUGAUGGGCCGGUACUCUGGGGCGCCUACUCCUCCUGCGAAGAUGGCCAAGGUCAAUGGCAGUGAAAGUGCUGUUACUGGCCUUGGUGAGGUGCAGCGGGAGGAGGUCGCGCAGAUGACGAUGGACUAGAAGCCCCAUCGGCGUCGGCCACCUCCUUCAUCCUUCUGGUAGUGGGAGGUGACUCUGACGAUUCGCGACGAAGGUAGACGGAGCAGAAUGGCUGUAGACAUGUGCGGUUUGGGACGAAAAAGCUUAUUCUGGACGUGCGGGAGAUACCCAAUUUCAUGUGGCGUUUUUGGUUAGGAGGAGAUAACA